AUGACGUAUGACUCCACCACAGACGACACUCCUGGCCUCACGUUCACGAACUCUGACAGCAACCAUUCGGUGGUGGCCACCGUGGACCCGACUGACAACUCAACCACCGGGGACGACACGUCCAAUUCAAAGCCCACCUCGGCAGGUGCCAUCAUAGUCGCCGCCCUCUUCCUGUUCCGCAGGCGGCGUCAACGCGAAGCUGCCAAAGCCGCCAUGGCCGACUCCAAUCCGCACCCCAACGACCGACUGUAG